GAUGGUAAUGCUAUAUAUAAGCAUUAGCACCUCGAGAGACGACCGAAAGUUUUUUACCGAGUAUCUGAAAGACUGAGAGACUGAGAGAUUUAUGGAAAGAGAUCACCAUGUUUUGCAUGGAAUGUGGGAGAAGCCUCGCUUACUUCGCGAAAUUUUGCGGGAAUUGCGGAGCUCAAGUUCAACAUGUUAAAGAUAAAGAUUCAGCUACAAGUGGCAGUCGGGCAAUAGAGGUUGGAUGUCUCUCACCAGAUGCAAAGAAAAGCCUUGCAAUACUGAAAGCAAAAUAUUUGCCAAAGAAGAAAGAGAUAAAAGAGAAGAAAGGGGAGAGGAGCAGUGUGAAUGAAAUACAAAUCCAAAUUAUGGAUGGAAAGAAAAAGGCACUUAAACGAGCAUUUCCUAGUGAAACUGGUUUAACAGGGACUUUAAAGAUGCCAGUAAAACCUGGAGAAAAUGCGAAGGACUGGAUGAAAAGAUUAACUAGCCAAUUCAGGGGAAAGAUAUCCUUUGUCCCUUUUAUUAUGGGACCAGGGGGUUUACAGGAAUUAAGUGAACCUGCAGCAUUUAAUAUAGAAAAUCUUUCUGCUUUAAAAACCCAAAGGAAGGCCAAGAUAUAUGCCUUAGCUAAAGGAAAAGGACCAGGAACUACCAAAGAUUUCUUCACCGAGAACAAUAUCUGAUGAAACAGACAGUGAGUCCUCAGAAAUGGAGUUUGUAAUGG